AUGCCAAUUAACAGCAGCCCAUAUACGCUGGCCACAGCAACACCACCUCCUCAGCCAGCUUCAUCAGUUCUUCGGCCUUCCCCCGUCUCCCCAGUCUUACGUCAUCAGAUUCUAUCUGGUAAUUACAUCGAUCUAGCCCACCUUCUCCAGCCAUCCCUCAUAAACAUCAGCCAGCCUAGAGAGCUGCAAACCAGCCAAGGCAUCAUGCAGCUUAGCCACACUAUAAAUUCUCGUUCUAAAGACCUUACCCCUACCGAAUUCGCUCUAGCCUUCGCGAUCUACCGAGACAUAAUUUGUUCUGUCUACCCAGAUCGUAGGACCGAGCUAGACGAUUAUCUAUCAAUCAUUUUAGACAUGGCCGUACGCUUCGGAGGGACAGGCUUCUAUAACUACCACGUUCUUUUUGCCACUCAAGCUGCAGGUCGGUUACAGCAGUUUAACCAAGGGACAUACUGGGGCACCCUCGAUGCCAAACUUUACUGUCGCAUCUUCGCAGCCCGUACUUCACUCUCCUGCGAGCUUUGCGGAGCCCCGUCACAUCCUGCCUCCAUGAGCACGGUUAUCACCCCUCUUAAAUCUCAGCCAUCUUCCUCACGCAAAAUACCCAUUUUCAAUAGACUGUCCUCGGCAGCUCCACCUCCACCUAUCAUUCCAAAACCCCUCGACAUACGCCCCACAGUCAACCUCCCAAUUCCCAAAAGGAUAGAAAUAAAGCCAGACACCUCUCAUAUCUCCCACAACCUUCAGUCCGCUCUCACUGAGCCAGACACCGUCGACGCAUUAAUAGCUAAAGAAGUCCAAGAGGGAUUUCUGAUAGGUCCAUUCAAAGAACCUCCAUUUUCUCCAUUUAGAAUCAGUCCCAUCGGCAUCGCCACCAGAAAAUACUCUGGGAAGAAGAGGUUAAUAAUUGACCUUUCCUCCCCCCACGGCACACCCAUACCUAGCAUUAAUAGUAUCAUCCCAGCCCCAGACUUCUCUAUGAAAUACGCAUCCAUCGACCAAGCAAUCACUCUUAUUCGCAAGGCAGGCCACGGUUCAUGGCUCUCAAAAGCAGACAUCACCAGCGCUUUCAAAGUUAUGCCCAUUCAACCAGAAUUCUGGCAUUUCUUCGGAACAUUCUGGAAAGGAGCUUAUUAUUUCGCAGUACGCCUCACUUUUGGCUGCAAAAGUAGCCCCAAGAUCUUCGACUCCCUCUCGGAGGCCUUAUGUUGGAUUUUAAUCAAUAACCACAGGCUUCCCUAUGUCCUUCACCUUCUCGACGACUUCCUCGUCUUUACACCUCCAUCCACACCUCCACACUCAGGACUAUCUACUCUCGUCCAAGUCUUUUCCGAACUGGGCGUUCCCCUUUCAAAAGAGAAAACCCUAGGGCCAUGCACUUCCAUUGAGUUUCUAGGUAUCACCCUAGACUCGAUUUCUUUCCAAGCAUCUCUGCCUCCUGAGAAAGUACAACGCAUUUCAUUGCUCCUAUCAAACUAUCUUCUAGCAGAUAGGUGCACGAAGCGUCAGCUAUUAGCCCUCCUCGGCCACCUUAACUACGCCAUCAGAAUAAUUCCCCAAGGGAAAUCUUUCCUUUCCUACCUACUAUCAAAAGUUACAACAAUCACCUCCCUUCAUGACAAAGUCAUUCUGGACGAAGGCUGUAAGAUGGAAAUGCACCUCUGGCAGCAAUUUUUGUCUUCAUGGAACGGCAUAUCCUUCUUUUAUAAUGACUAUGUCACACAGCCAGAAGAUAUUCAGCUGUAUACAGACGCAGCACCUUCCACUGGCUUCGGCGGAUACUACAGUGGCCGUUGGUACGCUUCCGAAUGGCCACCGGAGUUUAGCCAUCUCGUUCAGCAAUCAGACUCGCCCCCAUCCGCUCUUUACGAAAUGUAUCCAGUUAUUAUAGCAGCCAUCCUUUGGGGGCACGAAUGGUCCAAACAUACCAUACUUAUACACUCGGACAACUCAGCAGUGGUUGAAAUCAUAAAUAAAGGCAGAUCUCGUUCCCCAGCCAUCAUGCAAUUAGUUCGCAGACUGACACUAAUAUCUGCCCAACACCAGUUCCUCAUCCGAGCUGCUCACAUUCCGGGCUACCUCAAUAGCAUAGCUGAUUCUUUGUAUCGUCUUUCUUUUCAGAAGUUCAGGAUCUUAGCUCCAGAAUCAGACAGCCAUCCCACGCUGGUUCCACCGUUUUCUGCUACCAUCUUCAACUAA